AUGAGUACAUCUGCAUCUCAGGCAACUGAGGCGGUGGCAUCCCCCACAGGAUCCUCCGGUGGUGGAGGUGCAAAUGUCAGAGACAAUGAAGCAGCAACUGUUGCACAGAGGAAACCCGCACAGGAUACACAAAAUGGGGCCAUGGCCAAUUCUACUCCUCCAGCAGCAGCCUCAUCGGCAUCUUCAGCUGCGUGUAGCGGCUCAAUUGCUCGCAAAAGAUUGGCGCAGGAAAGAGCAGCUUGGCGAAGAGACCAUCCAGCAGGCUUUUCCGCGAAGUACGCUCCUAUGGCUGAUGGGAGUGUUGGCCAGGACAUCAUGAAGUGGAUAUGCAAGGUUCCUGGAAAGAAGGGUAGUAUUUGGGAAGGGGGUGAAUACUGCCUGACAAUGGAGUUCUCAGAAGAGUACCCAAGCAAGCCUCCCAAGUGCAAGUUUGCGCCGGUCUUGUUCCACCCAAAUGUAUAUCCUUCAGGAACUGUUUGUUUGUCGAUUCUUAAUGAAGAUGAAGACUGGAAGCCGUCUAUCACCAUCAAACAAAUCCUUCUCGGUAUACAGGAUUUACUGGACAAUCCAAAUCCUCAGUCGCCUGCGCAAGCCGAACCGUAUAUGCUCUACUGCCAAAAUCGAGAUGAAUACAACAGAAGGGUGAAGAAUCAGGCAAUACAAAUGCGCCCCAAGGACUAG